CGUCCUUCUCCUCACGGCUGGGCGGCCUCGUCCGCGGUAUCACCGCGCUCACCUCCAAGCACGAGGAAGAGAAAUUAAUCCAGCAGGAACUGAAUAAUCUGAAAGCAACUGUUUCUGCUCCUACUACAACUCUGAAAAUGAUGAAGGAAUGUAUGGUGAGACUUAUUUAUUGUGAAAUGCUUGGAUAUGAUGCUUCCUUUGGCUAUAUACAUGCAAUUAAGUUGGCACAACAAGGGAACCUUUUAGAAAAAAGAGUAGGUUAUUUAGCUGUUUCUUUAUUUCUACAUGAAAAUCAUGAGCUGUUGCUUCUCCUUGUGAAUACAGUUGUAAAGGACUUGCAGAGCACUAACCUGGUAGAAGUAUGCAUGGCACUUACUAUCGUCAGCCAGAUUUUCCCUCGAGAAAUGAUUCCAGCUGUUCUUCCAUUAAUAGAAGAUAAACUUCAACAUUCUAAGGAGAUUAUACGAAGGAAAGCUGUCCUGGCGUUAUAUAAAUUCCACAUCAUCGCUCCUAAUCAAGUGCAGCAUAUCCAUAUUAAGUUUCGGAAAGCACUUUGUGACAGAGAUGUUGGGGUCAUGGCUGCUUCCUUGCACAUAUACCUUAAGAUGAUAAAGGAGAAUUCAUCUGCAUAUAAAGACUUGACUGGGAGUUUUGUAACAAUUUUGAAGCAAGUAGUUGGAGGAAAGCUUCCGGUAGAUUUCAAUUACCACAGCGUACCAGCACCGUGGUUACAGAUUCAGCUGUUGAGGAUACUAGGACUUCUAGGAAAAGAUGAUCAAAGGACAAGUGAAUUAAUGUAUGAUGUUCUUGAUGAAUCCUUACGAAGAGCUGAGUUAAAUCACAAUGUCACAUAUGCUAUUCUUUUUGAAUGUGUGCAUACAGUUUAUUCUAUUUAUCCUAAAUCAGAAUUACUUGAGAAGGCUGCCAAGUGCAUUGGAAAAUUUGUUUUGUCACCUAAAAUAAAUCUCAAAUAUUUAGGACUGAAGGCUCUUACCUAUGUUAUCCAACAGGAUCCCACUCUGGCUCUUCAACACCAGAUGACAAUAAUUGAAUGCUUAGACCAUCCUGAUCCCAUUAUUAAAAGAGAGACUCUGGAACUUCUUUACAGAAUUACUAAUGCACAGAAUAUAACCGUGAUUGUCCAGAAGAUGCUUGAAUAUUUACAUCAAAGCAAAGAAGAAUAUAUUAUUGUCAAUUUGGUUGGCAAAAUAGCUGAGCUGGCUGAGAAAUAUGCUCCUGAUAAUGCGUGGUUUAUUCAGACAAUGAAUGCUGUGUUUUCAGUGGGAGGAGAUGUAAUGCAUCCUGAUAUUCCCAAUAACUUUCUCAGACUGUUAGCAGAAGGUUUUGAUGAUGAAACAGAAAAUCAACAAUUAAGGCUUUAUGCAGUUCAGUCUUAUCUCACUUUACUAGAUGUGGAAAAUGUGUUCUAUCCACAGAGGUUUCUUCAAGUUAUGAGUUGGGUGUUAGGGGAAUAUGCCUACCUCUUAGGUAAGGAAACGCCGGAGGAAGUUAUAACCAAGCUCUACAGGUUACUUACGAGUGACUCCAUUUCUUCAGAAACAAAAGCCUGGUUAAUUGCUGCUGUGACCAAGUUGACACCACAAGCACACUCUUCUAGUAUAGUUGAGAGAUUAAUCCAGGAAUUUACCACAUCUUUGGAUACUUGUUUGAGACAGCAUGCAUUUGAAUUAAAACAUCUGCAUGAGAAUGUGGAAUUUAUGAAGAGCUUGCUUCCAGUUGAUAAGAGUUGUGAAGAUAUGGUGGUGGAUUCUUCCUUAUCUUUUCUGGAUGGUUUUGUGGCUGAAGAACUAAGUCAGGGGGCAGCACCUUAUAAACCUCACCACCAACGGCAAGAGGAAAAGCUUUCUCAGGAAAAAGUUCUCAAUUUUGAACCAUAUGGACUCUCCUUUUCUUCAUCUGGCUUCACUGGACGGCAGUCUCCUGCUGGCAUUUCUCUUGGUUCGGAUGUGUCUGGAAAUAGUACCGAGACAGGGCUAAAAGAGACAAAUAGCUUAAAGCUGGAAGGUAUAAAGAAAUUGUGGGGGAAAGAGGGCUAUCUUCCCAAGAAGGGAAGCAAAACUGGUGAUGAAACUGAAGCACCACCUGUUCCUCAAGAAACUAUGAUAAUGGAGAAUGUAGAUCAAACUAUGACAAAAAAAGAUCAGUCUCAAGUCCCUACCCAAUCUAAAGAGGAGAAAGAAAAGCAGCUGCUGGCAUCAUCAUUAUUUGUUGGGCUAGGAUCAGAAAGUACAGUCAAUUUGCUAGGAAAAGUAGAUACUGUCUCUCACAAGUUCAGAAGAAAAUCAAAAGUCAAGGAAACGAAAACUGGGGAAACAACCAGUACUCAUAAUAUGACAUGUUCUUCCUUUAGUUCUUCAUCAAAUAUGACUUAUGAAGAAGAUUAUUAUUUGGAUAAUUUUCAGGAUAGAGGAGAUAAAGAAUUAAAGAAAAUUUCUCUUAAUUCAGAACUUUUGGAUUCUGAGUCACUCUCAGAACUGCCCUUGGUUGAGAAACUCUCAAAUUGCAGACUGUCUGCACCCUCUUUGUUUGCUGAUAACAUGGAAGUUUUUCACCCUCCUCAAUCCACUACAGCCUUGGUUGCCAGUGAAAUCUCUUUAGCUUCUUCUUUGUUGGAAGAAACCACUGAACACAUGCAUUCAGAUCCUACAGAAGUCUGUAAUAAUGAAACCAUAUCAGUGUCUUCCUACAAAAUUUGGAAAGAUGAUUGUUUGUUGAUGGUCUGGUCACUUUCGAAUAAGAGUGGUUUGGAACUGAAAAGUGCUAACUUAGAAAUUGCUCCUGUAGAAUAUUUCAAGAUCACUGAGCAACCUGGAUGCUGCUUGCCUGUAAUAGAAGCAGAAAGUACCCAAAACUUUCAAUAUAGUGUGCAGAUGGAAAAACCUUUUACAGAAGGGAAUCUUUCUGGUUUUAUAAGUUAUCAAAUGAUGGAUACACAUUCUGUUCAGCUGGAAUUUUCAGUAAAUUUAUCACUGUUAGAUUUCAUUAGACCAUUAAAAAUCUCAACUGAAGACUUUGGCAAACUCUGGUUAUCCUUCGCAAAUGAUGUGAAGCAAAAUUUAAAAAUGUCAGAAUCUCAAGCUGCUCUGCCUUCUACCCUGAAGACCCUGCAGCAGGAACUAAGACUUCAUGUUGUUGACAUUAUAGGCAAUGAAGGGCUAUUGGCUUGUCAGCUUCUCCCAACCAUCCCCUGCUUGCUGCAUUUCCGAGUUCACGGUGACAUACUAGCCCUGUGGUUCAGAUCCUCCUGCUCUACUCUUCCUGACUAUUUACUUUAUCAGUGUCAAAAGGUGAUGGAGGGAUCCUAGCAGAAGCUCUGCUUAUGUUUUACUCCAUCAAAAUAAAUGGUUUACAUAGAUAAACUUAUUUACCAAAGUAAAAAGAACUCAUGGUACUUCUAAUGAAAAUGGGGAUUAUUACAAGUUGUGGUUCUAUGUAUUUUCUUUAUGGUUCCUGAUCAAGAAAGAUCCCCAAGAAGCUAUAUCCCUAACCUUUUACUCAGGAUUGUACAGUAUGUUUGGGUCCCCAAAAAGUGACCUAAGCUAAUGUUAUAAACUGCUAAUGAUUUCUAUAUCACUUAGUAUAGAGGGACUGAAAAUAUUUAUUUUGUUACAAAUAAUUUUAUAGCAAAUUUACUGUAGUGCUAGCUGAUUUUGGUAAAGCCAAGUCUCAGUUCUCUGCAUUAAUGGAGGGGAGACAUGGAACUGAUAAUCCCAAACCUAAUUCAUAUUUGGCUUUGGAAUGCAGUGUGUAUUCUCUGGUAGGCAAGUGAUUACUUUGAAUUAUAUUUUGUUUAGGUCAGUGUUGAACUAAAUUGGCACAGCACACACUAACAGUUCAGGAGAGCCAUGAGCAUUUUGGUUAUUGGGAGGAUCCAAUCUGUGAUAUAGUUUUUGUUGUAACUUGUUACACAUAAUUGCAGAUAAUUUGGUUACAAAAUUUGUUCUCCAUUUGUGUUUAUUUUUAGAGUUCAAAGUGAACCACUGUAUUCUUGUUUUAAAAACUCAGAGCCAUUUACAAAAUAUUAUCAUAUAGAAACAAAACCUGUAAGAGCACACAGUACUAAAGUAAACAGAUAUAAAAGGACUUUUUAGUUAUGGUAAGUAUUUUAGUCACCACUUAGGUUUUUUUUGGCAAAUUAAAAUUUGUAAUUGGAGAAUAAAUGGCAAAACCAUCUUUCCUGGCCUUUGAAUCCACUAGUACUCAAUUGAUAGAAACAAAAGAGUAACUGUCUAAGUAUACCAGACAGGUUCUUCAAUAAAACAUAUCAUUUCAUGGCCUCUGUUAGAACUAUUAUCAGUAAAAAGUUAAGCUUAGUAUGAUUGAUAGAGCAGAAUCUUGAGAUUGUACAUUAAUGUUAAAAACUAAAAUAGUGUUUUAUAAAACUUUAUGGUGCUGUGGAAAAUAUUUAUUAUUUCACUUUUUUGACACUUCACCAUGGAGACUAUUCAGGUAAUAUAAUUUUAAGUCAUUGCAGUUAAUACGCUGGUUAAUUGGUACUAUUCAUCAUCCAGGUGUGGAAUUCUCAUUUUAGGUUGUCUCUUUAAUCAUAGCUGAUAAAGAUGCUAAGGUGAUUCCCCAAAGCUGAUAGAUUUCAUCAGUCAUUUGUGUUUAGCAUGUUUUUCCCUAAAAAUAAAAGCAGUAUUUUUAAAAUUAUUUUUAAGUUAUUCAUUUAAAAAAUAAUACCUUGUUAAUUUCAUGCUUUUUAAAAACAUGCAGUAAAACCUUGCUAUAAGAGCAAUGAAAAGUGACUAGAAAUUUCCUGCAUAGGUUAUCCUUUUGAGUAGAAGUUCAGAUUGAUCCUGAAGCUCCCAGCAGUGUCAUGCUGAAGGGAAUGUGCUUUCUCUGGGGUGUGGUGGACACUGGUGGCUAGACUCAUCAGCUUUCUCUUUAUUCCUCCCUCUGUCAGUAGCACCCCCACCUCCCACCCCACCUGAUUCUUUAUUCUUACAAAGAGAUGGGAAGUGCCCUCUCACUUGGCAGAGGAAUGUGCCAUGUGGUAAAAGAGAUGCUUCAGUUUUUUGUGUCCUUAUUUCUGUGAUUUGCAUGGUCAUUGAGGCUGGUUCAGGUGUGGAGCAGUGGAAGUAAGGGGUCCAGCAGGCAGAUGGACAGUUGACUGAGAGAGAUUAAAAUGAGCUACUGUGCUUUGAAACACGGGUGUUCAUGGGUGGCCUACGGUGCUGUGUAAUGGUGGAAGCGUGGUAGGUUAGGGCUGGGAGCAUGAUUUUGGGUCUGCCAAAGGAAACGUGUCACUUUUGUUCUUUCUGAACCCACUAAUUAAGAAGUAGGGUAACAGGAUUUCUAUUGAAAUGUUUAGUAGAAUGUUUACAUUUUUAUAUUUUUAAUAGUUUUAAAAACAAAUAAUAAUAGGAAAGAGUAGAUUUUAAAGAACCUGAGAGCAGUAUAUGUUCUGCCUGAACUAAUUCAAUGUUCUGAGUUCUAGAUCAGGCAUCACCAACUUUUUUUGCAUUGUGGAAGAUACGACUAUGAAGUGAGAAGAAAGACUUUUGGGGGUAGAUCAUCUCUUUAUUUUAUAGUCAUCAUUUAGUCAAGUAAAGGGACAGUAUCUCGAAUAAGAGCUGUGGGAGGAGGAUACUCAGCUGUGUGAAUUCUGUGCCAGACAUCUUUGCUGAGAAUCCAGGUCGCAACAAGUUUGAAUCUGAGGGACAAUAAAGGGAAGACACGAAGGUCUUGAGAGCAGAUGGAGGAAGAACAAUCAGGCUUCCACUGGCAUAGUCCCUGUAGGAUCAGGCAGAUUAGUCUCAGGGGAGUGUGGGCCCUGAGUAAGGGUCCUUCUGACAAAACUACAAAUGGAAGCUGAGCAGUUACCAAGUGCUAAUGUGCCAAGCAUGCCAAGCACAGUAUAUGCUCUGCAGAGAAGCAUUAUUUUAAAAAUAUUCUCUCAUCUACCAAAACAUUUAUGGUGAAAAUGCAGUAUUUUAUUCUUUCCUUUAUUUUUCUUCCUGUCACUAAUAUUUAAAGAUAAUUGAGCUAUUUGUCUUUUUUUAAUGGGUAAACGUGGUCUUUGUCUUAUGAUUGUGAGCCACUGAAAGUGCAUUGAACCUAUCUUCAUGUCUUAAGGUGUUUUGCUGUGUUAAAAUUUUAGGAGGGAAAAAUACAAGUGAAUAACAACUUAAUAGGCAUUAAUUAACUUAUUUUGGAGCCGAAUUCUGUAAUUUGAAAAAAUUCACUUAAGCAUAAAAUAAAUACAACGUGAUAUA